GAAAAUAAUUAUCUUUUUCGCAUAAAGACGUGAUGACCGCUUUGUUCUAUAAGAUAGAAGAAAAGUCAUAGAAAAUCCAAAAACAUCACAAAGAGAGAGAGAGGAAAAUGUCAGACGAAGAACAUCACUUCGAGUCUAAGGCAGAUGCUGGAGCCUCAAAAACUUACCCACAACAGGCUGGUACUAUUCGCAAAAAUGGCUAUAUAGUUAUUAAGAAUCGCCCCACUAAGGUUGUGGAUGUUUCAACCUCAAAGACUGGGAAACAUGGACAUGCUAAGUGCCACUUUGUGGGAAUUGAUAUAUUCAAUGGGAAAAAGCUUGAAGAUAUCGUUCCUUCUUCCCACAAUUGUGAUGUUCCUCAUGUUACUCGCACUGAUUAUCAGCUGAUUGAUAUCUCUGAAGAUGGUUUUGUGAGUCUUCUGACUGAAAAUGGAAGCACUAAGGACGACCUGAGGCUUCCCACGGAUGAAAAUCUGCUCAGCCAGAUUAAAGAUGGAUUUGCCGAGGGAAAAGACCUUGUAGUGAGUGUCAUGUCUUCAAUGGGAGAGGAGCAGAUCUGUGCCCUUAAGGAUAUUGGUCCUAAAAAUUAAAUAUUUAAAAAUGAUGCUAUAGCAUUAGCUCUAGCUGAUGUUAAAACAAGCUCUGUAGGCUUUGCUGACAAGGAAAUGAUAUUUAUAUCUCAUGCAUAUGCACGACAAACUUGCACUAAGAUGGUAUUUUUAGCUAUAUAAUUCAGACUUGUAUAAGGUUUGUAAUGAUGGAGGCAGGAAAGGAACAGGAGCUGCUCAGUUCCUGACGGAAGAAACAUAUAUGUCAGUAGGAUGGAAUUUAUAAAGUAUUUGAAUUUUAUAUUCUUCUGUGAUGCUUUGAGAUAAUUAAAGGUUUGUCAUGUCCAUGUUUCUAUUUCAAUUUCUGAGAAUGAUAGCUCUACAACCAACAAAUUUUAUUAUUAUAAUUAUUAUAAUUAUUAUUAUUGUUA